UCUUUCAGCCUCAUCCAAGAGUCGUCGCUCGGGCUUUCUAUCAAUUCUUCCCUUUCUUUUGCCUCCCUAGCCUUUGCCUCACUGCUCUGCCUGUCACACUGAAGUCUGCUGCAGACCUGCAGACUUUCCCUGUUAAAUUCUGCUAAAUUUGACAUAAGGGUGUCAGGUAUUUCUUACUGGCUCCAGUAAACGCAGAUAAAGAAAUUUCUCUUGGAGUAUCCCUUUCAGGCUGCAUUUGGAAGCUGUCUUGAGUUGCAAGAGAAGGAAGCUGGAGGGUAAGAGCAAAACAGAAGAGUAAAAAGAUGCCCCAAGGCCUAAGGCCAACCUCGGUGGGCAAGCUUGGGGUCAGACACACUCACUUGGCCCGGGCCCUUCUCUAGCAAAGUCAACUUACUUUCUAUGGAAAGGUCAAACCCGUCAAGAUGCUGCAGCUCUUCUUUAUUGUUCUGUUGUCAGUAGUCUUUCCGUUCAGUUUUGUUAGCCUCUCAGCUUUGCAGCACUGGAACUGUCCUACGGGCCCUCCUGCAGGAAAUGGGGAUCCUACUUGUGUGGGUCCUGCACCCUUCUUAAUUUUCUCUCAUGGAAAUGGUAUCUUUAGGAUUGACCCGGAAGGAACUAAUCAUGAGCAAUUGGUGGCAGAUGCUGGAGUAUCUGUGUUCAUGGAUUUUCAUUACAAUCAGGAAAGAAUCUACUGGGUGGAUGUAAAAAGACAACUUUUGCAAAGAGUUUUUCUGAAUGGGACAAGGCAAGAGAGAGUGGGCAAUAUAGAGAAAAGUGUUUCAGGAAUGGCAAUAAAUUGGAUAAAUGAAGAAAUUAUUUGGUCAAACCAACAAGAAGGAGUCAUUACAGUAACAGAUAUGAAAGGAAACAAUUCCCGGGUUCUCUUAAGUAGCUUAAAUUAUCCUGCAAAUGUAGCAGUUGAUCCAGUAGAAAGGGUUAUAUUUUGGUCUUCAGAGGUGGGCAGUAGCCUUCACAGAGCUGAUCUCAAUGGUGCGGACAUGAAGAUUCUGCUGGAGACAUCAGAGAAAAUAACAGCCAUGUCAUUGGAUGUGCUUAAUAAACGACUCUUUUGGAUUCAGUACAAUAAAGAAGGAGGCGAUUCUUAUAUUGGUUCUUGUGAUUAUGACGGAGGUUCUUUCCAUCUUAGCAAACAUCUUACACAGCACAAUUUGCUUGCAAUAUCUCUUUUUGGUGACCGUAUCUUCUAUUCAACCUUGAAAAAGAAGGCAAUUUGGAUAGCCAACAAACACACUGGGAAAGAUAUGGUUAAAAUUAACCUCAAUGCAUCCUUUGCACCACCUGGCGAAAUUAAAGUAGUGCAUCCACUUGUACAGCCCAAGGCAAAGGGCGAUGCUGGCGAGUCUGGUCAGAAACUUUGCAAAUCGAAGAAAGGAAUGUGCAGAGACAGCGUGUGUAGGCAAGAGCCCAAGUACCACGUGUGCACAUGUGCGGAGGGAUAUACGUUAAGCCAAGACCGGAAGUACUGUGAAGAUGUCAAUGAAUGUGCCCUUUGGAAUCAUGGCUGUGCUCUUGGUUGUGAGAACACCCCUGGAUCCUAUUACUGCACAUGCCCUGUAGGAUUUAUUUUGCUUCCUGAUGGGAAACGAUGCCACCAAUUAGAUUCUUGUCCAAGCAAUGCGUCUGAAUGCAGCCAUGACUGUGUGCUGACAUCAGAUGGCCCUGUAUGUUUCUGUCCUGAAGGCUCAGCACUUGAGGCAGAUGGAAAAACGUGCAGUGGUUGUUUGUUAUCUGAUAAUGGUGGAUGUAGCCAGCUCUGCGUCCCCCUCAGCCCGCUCUCCUGGGAAUGCGGUUGCUUUCCUGGGUAUGAACUACAGCUGGACAAAAAAAGCUGUGCAGCUUCAGGACCACAACCAUUUUUGCUGUUUGCCAAUUCUCAAGAUAUUCGACACAUGCAUUUUGAUGGAACAGAUUAUGAAAUCCUGCUCAGUCAGCAGAUGGGAAUGGUUUUUGCCCUAGACCACGACCCUGUGGAAAAUAAGAUAUACUUUGCCGACACAGCCCUGAAGUGCAUACAGAGAGUUAAUCUGGAUGGUUCCAAGAGAGAAAGGCUUAUUGAGGAUGCAGUUGAUGUGCCGGAAGGUCUUGCUAUAGAUUGGAUUAACCGUAAAUUGUACUGGACAGACAGAGGGAAAUCUCUCAUUGAAAGGAGUGAUUUAAAUGGAACACAACGUGAAAUAAUCAUUAACAAGGACAUCUCUCAGCCACGAGGAAUUGCUGUUCAUCCAAUGGCCAAGAGACUAUUCUGGACUGAUAUGGGUAUUAAUCCACGAAUUGAAAGUUCUUCCCUUCAAGGAUCUGACCGACGGGUUAUAGCUACUUCUGAUCUGGUCUCGCCCAGUGGAAUCACAAUUGACUACUUAACUGACAAGUUGUAUUGGUGUGAUGCCAAGCAAUCAGUGAUUGAAAUGGCCCAUCUGGAUGGUUCAGAACGCCAAAGACUUGCCCAGAAUGAUGUAGGUCACCUAUUUUCAGUAGCCGUGUUUGAGGAUCACGUGUGGUUCUCUGAUUGGGCUUCCCCGUCGGUAAUAAGGGUGAACAAGAGGACUGGCCAAAACAGGGUGCGUCUCCAAGGCAGCAUGCUGAAGCCCUCAUCACUGGUUGUGGUCCAUCCAUUGGCAAAACCAGGUAGUGAAGCAGAUCUAAGUAAUCAAGUAACGCCACUGGACACCUUAUCCACGAGUCAAGCCUUUGAAGAUAACAUUACAGAAGGAUUGCAAUCUCAAUACACGCUAGUGGCUGAAAUCAUGGUGUCAGAUCAAGAUGACUGUGCUCCUGUGAGAUGUGGCCCACAUGCUCGAUGUGUUUCAGAGGGAGACAACGCCACAUGUCAGUGUUUGAGAGGAUUUACUGACAAUGGAAAACUAUGCUCUGAUAUAGACGAAUGUGAGAAGGACAUCACAGUUUGCGCUGUGGCCUCAUCCCAGUGUAUCAAUACGGAAGGUGGCUAUGUCUGCAAGUGCUUAGAAGGCUACCGAGUAGAUGGAAUUCACUGUAUCGACACAACUCCACCCUCUCAUCUCGGGAAAGAUGAUCUCCAUCCCGUCAGACAUAUCUACCCUGGAUGUCCCCCGUCACACGACGGGUACUGCCUCAAUGGUGGUCUAUGCAUGUAUAUUGAACAAGUAGACGAGUACGCGUGCAACUGUAUUGUUGGCUUCAUCGGGGAUCGAUGUCAGCACCGAGAACUGAGAUGGUGGCAACUGCGCCAUGCUGGCCCUGGGCGGCAGCAGAACAUCACCGUGGUGGCUGUCUGUGUGACUGGGCUUGUCCUGCUCCUCCUCUUGGCACUGUGGGGGACUCGCUAUUACAGGAAUCAGAAGCUCCUGUCAAAAAACCCAAAGAAUCCAUAUGAAGAGUCAAGCAAAGAUAUGAGCAGUAGCAGGCCUACUGACAGCGAGAUGGGGUUGUCUUCUUGCCCCCAACCUUGGUUCGUGGUUUUAAAGGAACACCAAGACCUCAAGUGUGGGAGUCAGCCUGUGGCCCUGAAGGAUGUUCAGGCAGCAGAUGUUGGUCAGCUUUCUUCCCUGGAACCAGGGUCAAUACAAACAACUUCAUACAGGAAGGAGCCCCAGGUUCAUGGAAUGGAUGCAGAGCAAAGCUGCUGGAUUCCAUCAUCGAGUAAUAAAACCUCUGGUUCCCAGGGAAUAGAGAAGAACCUUCAUCUACCCUUCUAUGUGGCUCGACCCAUUGCUGUGGGGGUUGAGCAGCCCCACUCUUCUCCAGUCAGCUAAGACGUUAUGGCAACAAAGGGCUCCUGAUCCACCAUGAUAAAGGCAGCCGACUCAGUGGAAAACCAGAACUAAAAGGAAGGUCAAGAAGAACAAACCGUGUCAAUGGACAGUAUAUUUCCUUUCCAAAAGUAGAGGAAAAAUACAGAUUCUGGCUCUAGAGCUAUCUCUACAACUAACCCUGGAGAUAAAUAUGUAGCUGUGCUUUUGUUUCUUCCUUCAAGAAAUCCCACUGCAAAUUUUCAAGUGAGAAUAACCGGGAGAAUCACUAGGUAACUCAUUAGAAACCAAAAUUGAGACCGUAGUGAUUUAUAAACGGUGUUGUCUCCAGUCAUCAAAUCUACAAACAGAUUUCCACCUCCUGCAGCCCUAGAAGAAAUCUGUGGUUAAAGCAGGCAAUCACACAGGUUUGGUCAGUUAUAAAUACAGUAAUUUCUUUUAUCUGGACAGAGCAUUUAGCUCAAUCUUAUGAAACGGUUAGAAUAUUAAAAUUACUGUUAAGAUGUAUUGCAGGCAUUUUGCUUAUCAUUGGUAUUUUCCAUGCCAGUAAUUUUGCAGAAUGAAUUGUAAUAAAUUAAUGAAAAAUGUCAUAACUUAGAACUUUAUUUCUUGAGAAUUAGAUGGUCUAUUUUUUCUACUUUAAAAUCUGUGAAUGAAAACAUUUAAUUUUUAAUAUAUUAUGCAAGAGACUGCAAUGUUUUUCAGUGAUUACUCUUCUUUCCCCUACAGAAUUUUUUUUUUCAGUGAAAAUGGUAACUUCUCCCUUUGUGUGUUUGCACAGAACCUUUUACUUAUUUUUAAAUGUGAGAUUGUUUCAUUUUCAUUAUGGACAGCAAUCAAUUUCUUCUAAUUAUUUAAAUAAAAUCACCAUGAAACAAACAUUUUAUUGUCC